AUGGAUAAAAAUUUUGAAACAUUAGUUGAAACUACAAUGAAAAAAUUUUCAAUGGUUGGUGUUGACGCGAAAGGUGUCCUCGUCUGUGAUAGAAAUGGUUUAGCAUUAACUAGUAAUAAUGUUUCGAAUUCUCCUGGACCAGUAGCACGUCUUGCCGAAUUAGCAACUUCUCUAUCAGGUCGACGAGCGACUGUCUGUCUUGAACAUAAUGAAAAUCAAGUUUUGAUCCAUCAAACCGAGAAAACAAUUGUUGCUGUAUAUACAGAAAAUGCUACAUGA